GGAUCAGAAGAGGCCAAAGCGUUUGUGAAUGCCUUCCUGAAGCAUAGCAUGCCGAAAAUGAAAGAUGAAGCUAUCCAGGAUAUAUUAACUCGGAAAGCUGUAGUUCUUGAGCAUUAUUCAAAAAAAAAGACAAAGCAAAAGAGGAAGAAAACAAAAGGUUUUACUGCCAAGCAAAGGCGAGAAAUGCGUCUUUUUGAAAUCGAACCCGAACAGCGAAGAUACGCCAUCUUUCUACCACUACAUGAACUCUGGAAGCAGUAUAUCAGAGACCUGUGUCAUGGGCUUAAACCAGAUGCGCAACCACAUGUGGUUCAGAGCAAACUGCUGAAAGCUGAUCUCCAUGGAGCUAUUGUUACAGUCACAAAAUCAAAGUGCCCCUCCUACGUUGGGAUAACAGGAAUAAUUCUACAGGAAUUUAAACAUGUCUUCAAAAUUAUUACUAAAGAGGACAAAUUAAAAGUUGUCCCUAAACUUAACAGCGUAUUUAGUGUGGAGAUUGAUGGAUUCAUUUCCUACAUCUAUGGAAGCAAGUUCCAGCUUAGAGCAAGUGAGAGAUCUGCAAAAAAAUUCAAGUUGAAAGGAAGUAUUGACCUGUGA